UCUAUUUCCAUCCAGCCAUCCCUGACCAGCCAACUGUAUGGUUGACAUUCAGGGACUUUUUGGUGGAGCAAUUACCAAUCAACUUCAGGGUAUUAUGAUAAACUCUGAUCUGGGCAGGAACCAGGACUACAUAGAUCAAAUCAGUUUUCUUCUUUGAGAAACUAUCCAAGAUAUCAUCACAGAGUCUUCUGCUCUUCCUUAACUACCAAAGCAGAAAAAAUCAGCGAAGCAGAAGGCCAUGUGCCCCUCAAGAACUCCAUCUGGGGCUCUUCAUAGAAAAGGGAAAAUGGCAGCCUGGCCCUUCUCCAGGCUGUGGAAAGUCUCUGAUCCAAUUCUCUUCCAAAUGACCUUGGUCGCUGCUCUGUUGCCUGCUAUUCUUGGCAAUUGUGAUCCUCCACCCACUUUAUCGUUUGCUGCCCCAGUGAAUAUUACUACGUUGACUGAGACACACUUUGAAACUGGAACUACUCUGAAAUACACAUGCCGCCCUGGCUAUGCCAGAUCCCAUUCCGAUCAGAUGCUUACCUGUAAUUCUGAUGGCCAAUGGACGUAUACUACCUUCUGUGUCCACAAACGAUGCAGCAACCCAGGAGAUUUACCUAAUGGGCAUGUGGAGAUUAAGACAGAUUUACUUUUUGGAUCAGAAAUAGAAUUUAGCUGUUCAGAAGGAUUUGUCUUAAUUGGCUCAACCACUAGUCAUUGUGAAGUACAAGAUAGAGGAGUUGGCUGGAGUCAUCCUCUCCCACAGUGUGAAAUUGUCAAGUGUGAACCCCCUCCAGACAUCAGGAAUGGAAGGCACAGCGGUGAAGAAGAUUUCUACACAUAUGGCUUUUCUGUCACCUACAGCUGUGACUCCCGCUUCUCACUCUUGGGCCAUGCCUCCAUUUCCUGCACUGUGGAGAAUAAAACAACAGGUGUUUGGAGACCAAGUCCUCCUACCUGUGAAAAAAUCACCUGUCACAAGCCAGAUGUUUCACAUGGGGAAAUUGUCUCUGGAUUUGGACCCAUCUAUAAUUACAAAGACGCUAUUGUGUUUAACUGCCAAAAAGGUUUUGCUCUCACAGGCAGCAGUGUAAUUCAUUGUGGUGCUGAUAGCAAAUGGGAUCCUUCUCCUCCUGCUUGUGAGCCCACAGGUAGUUGUACUAACUUACCAGACAUUCCACAUGCUUCCUGGGAAACAUAUCCUAGGCCGAAAAAAGAGGAUGUGUAUGUUGUUGGGACUAUAUUAAGGUACCGCUGUCAUCCUGGCUACAAACCCACUACAGAUGCACCGACGACUUUGAUUUGUCAGAAAAAUUUGAGAUGGACCCCAUAUCAAGGAUGUGAGGCGUUAUGUUGCCCUGAACCAAAGCUAGAUAGUGCUCAAAUCACUCAACACAGGAAAAAUCGUCCUGCCAAUCACUGUGUUUAUUUCUAUGGAGAUGAGAUUUCAUUUUCGUGUCAUGGGAUCAGAAGAUUUUCAGCUACAUGCCAAGCAGAUGGCACAUGGAGUCCCCGAACACCAUCAUGUGGAGACAAUUGCAAUUUUCCUCCUAAAAUUGCCCAUGGGCAUUAUAAACAAGCUAGUGUAUACAGUUUUUUCAAAGAAGAGAUUAUAUAUGAAUGUGAUAAAGGCUACGUUCUGGUUGGACAGGCGACACUCUCCUGCAGUAAUUCACGCUGGUCAGCUCCAGCCCCUCGAUGUAAAGCUCUGUGUCUGAAACCAGAAUUAGUGAACGGAAGGUUGUCUGUGGAUAAGAAUCAGUAUGUUGAGCCUGAAAAUGUCACCGUCCAAUGUGAUUCUGGCUAUGGUAUCGUUGGUCCCAAAAGCAUCACUUGCUCUGAGAACAGAACCUGGUACCCAGAGGUGCCCAGGUGUGAGUGGGAGACCCCUGAAGGCUGUGAACAAGUGCUCGCAGGCAAAAGACUCAUGCAGUGUCUUCCAAACCCAGAGGAUGUGAAAAUGGCCCUGGAGGUGUAUAAGCUGUCUCUGGAAAUUGAACAACUGGAACUACAGAGAGACAGGGCAAGACAAUCCACUUUGGAUAAAGAACUAUAAUUUUUCUCAAAAGAAGGAGGAAAAGGUGCCUUGCUGGCUUGCCUCUUGCAAAUCAAUACAGAUCAGUUUAGCAAAUCUACUGUCAAUUUGGCAGUGAUAUUCAUCAUAAUAAAUAUCUAGAAAUGAUAAUUUGCUAAAGUUUGGUGCUUUGAGAUUGUGAAAUUAUUAAUCAUUCUGUGUGUGGCUUAUAUUUUUGCUUUUCAAGACACAAAGCACAAUUUUUUUUCUCAAUUAAAAAUGUACAUUAUAAAAAACUA